AAGAUUUGCAGGUCAGGGGAGUCUACCCUCCCAUUGCAUUGUCCUGCGGAGUCCCUAUCUGAUCUGGACUCCUCCUCUGCCUUCCCUCCUCCUCACUCCACAGAUCACUCAGCUCCUCCAGCAGUCAGGUCUGUGCUGUCUCUGGGUCUUCCUGAGUGCAGUUGGUUCCGUCUUCCAGAACCAUGAGGAUAGCCGUGAUUGGCCAGAGUCUGUUCGGGAAAGAGGUCUACAAGGAGCUUGUGAAGGAAGGACACCAAGUAGUAGGAGUCUUCACCAUCCCAGAUAAAGAUGGCAAAUCUGACCUGCUAGGAGCCGAGGCAGAAAAGGACGGAGUCCCCGUAUUUAAGUUUUCCCGAUGGAGGUUGAAGGGCCAGGCCAUCCCGGAGGUGGUGGAGAAGUACACUGCGUUGGGGGCAGAACUGAACGUCCUGCCCUUCUGCUCCCAGUUCAUCCCGAUGGAAGUGAUCGAUACCCCAAAGCAUGGUUCCAUUAUCUAUCAUCCCUCCAUCCUGCCCAGACAUAGGGGGGCCUCGGCAAUCAACUGGACUCUGAUGCAAGGAGAUAAGAUUGGGGGCUUUACCAUAUUCUGGGCUGAUGACGGUCUGGACACGGGAGACCUCCUGCUUCAGAAAGAAUGUGAAGUUCUUCCAGAGGACACAGUGAACUCCAUAUAUAACAGGUUCCUCUUCCCUGAGGGAGUUAAAGGCAUGGUAGAAGCUGUGAGGAUGAUAGCGGAAGGAAAAGCCCCAAGGAUCCCUCAGCCAGAAGAGGGCGCCACUUACGACCCCAUGCAGAAAAAGGAAAAUGCAAAGAUUCAUUGGGAUCAGUCGGCGGAAGCAAUCCAUAACUUUAUCAGAGGGAAUGACAAAGUGCCCGGAGCCUGGACAGAAGUCAAUGGAACGAAACUGACGUUUUUUGGUUCGUCGUUCACCAGUAACGGACCGAAUCCUGAUGGGCAGCCUCUUGAGAUUCCAGGGGCAUCUAAACCAGGCGUGGUGACCAAGAACGGGCUGGUGCUUUUUGGGAAUGACGGGAAAUGGCUCAGCGUGAAAAACAUUAAGUUUGAGGAUGGAAAGAUGAUUCCGGCUUCGCAGUAUUUUAAAUCCUCUGACAGCACCGCCCUGCAACUCUCUGAAGAGGAGAAAACCAUAGCAAACGAGAUUCGGGCCACGUGGAAACGGAUCCUGACCAACGUCGCUGAUAUAGAAGACUCUACUGAUUUCUUCAAGGCUGGUGCAGCCUCCAUGGAUGUAGUAAGGUUGGUGGAAGAAGUGAAGCUCAAGUGUAACGGAUUACAGCUACAGAACGAGGAUGUCUACAUGGCCACAAAGUUUGAAGAAUUCAUUCAGAUGCUCGUGAGAAAGCUCAGAGGGGAGGAUGCAGAGGAGACGCAAGUCAUAGAUUAUGUGGAGAAGGAUGCCAACAAUAUGAAAAUCAGAAUGCCCCAUCAGCUGUUCGUCAAUGGCCAAUUUGUGGACGCCGAGGGAGGAAAAACCUAUGACACCAUUAACCCCACUGAUGGUAGUGCCAUCUGCAAAGUGUCACUGGCCCAGUUGUCGGACAUCGAUAAAGCCGUAUCUUCAGCCAAGGAAGCCUUUGAGAAUGGAGAAUGGGGCAAGAUGAACCCAAGGGACCGGGGUCGUCUAAUGUACAGGCUGGCUGACCUCAUGGAGGAACACCAGGAAGAACUGGCCACUAUUGAAUCCAUAGACUCGGGUGCGGUGUACACAUUGGCUUUGAAGACCCACGUCGGGAUGUCCAUCCAAACUUUCCGUUACUUUGCCGGCUGGUGCGAUAAAAUUCAGGGCUCCACCAUCCCCAUAAACCAAGCACGUCCGAAUCGGAACCUGACCUUCACCAAGAGAGAGCCAAUCGGUGUGUGUGGGAUUAUCAUCCCGUGGAACUACCCCCUAAUGAUGUUGGCCUGGAAGACCGCCGCCUGCCUCGCCGCAGGUAACACAGUGGUCCUGAAGCCCGCCCAGGUGACCCCGCUGACAGCACUGAAGUUUGCAGAGCUGACUGUAAAAGCCGGAUUCCCCAAAGGAGUGGUGAACAUUUUACCAGGAGCCGGAUCUCUGAUUGGACAACGUCUUUCCGAUCACCCCGAUGUCAGAAAACUGGGGUUCACUGGAUCCACCCCUGUAGGCAAACAGAUCAUGAAAUGCUGUGCGGUGAGCAAUGUGAAGAAAGUGUCUCUGGAGUUGGGCGGGAAAUCUCCCCUUAUCGUCUUCACUGACUGCGAUCUGGACAAGGCCGUCCGAAUGGGAAUGAGUUCCGUCUUCUUCAACAAAGGGGAGAAUUGCAUUGCAGCCGGAAGACUGUUUAUAGAGUCGUCUAUUUAUGAUGAGUUUGUGCGGAGAGUGGUUGAAGAGGUGAAGAAGAUGAAGAUCGGGGACCCUCUGGACAGGUCUACAGACCACGGCCCUCAGAAUCACAAAGCUCAUUUGGAUAAACUCCUUGAAUAUUGCGAAACAGGCGUGAAAGAGGGCGCCACACUGGUAUAUGGAGGGAAGCAAGUCCCUAGACCAGGUUUCUUCCUUGAACCGACCAUAUUUACAGACGUCACUGAUGAGAUGUUCAUCGCUAAAGAAGAGUCUUUUGGCCCAGUGAUGAUAAUAUCAAAAUUUGAAGAUGGAGACAUUGAUGGUGUUCUGAAGCGGGCCAACGACACGGAGUACGGCUUGGCGUCCGGCGUGUUCACCAAGGACAUCAACAAAGCUCUGUACGUUAGCGAGAAGCUUCAGGCCGGCACCGUGUUCGUCAACACAUACAAUAAAACAGACGUCGCGGCUCCAUUUGGAGGCUUCAAGCAGUCCGGAUUUGGCAAAGAUCUAGGCCAAGAAGCAUUAAAUGAAUAUCUAAAGACAAAAGCCGUGACCAUUGAGUACUAGAAGGAUGGAGAUCAAU